ACUAUACUCACGAAUUACUUCCUGCACAAGUGAGUGACCCAAUGAGACUACCUCACAUAUGCUCUUCUUGUAUAAGAUCACAGAAAGAUCACGCAAAGUCUCUUUCCAACGCCACCAUUGCUGCGAUUCUUGCGACCUUGAUCCUGACCGCUCCAAUCUUCAUAUCAUCUACAACCAAUUCAUAUGCAAUCUUAUUUGCAUUAUCACAUCUUCUGAUCCGUGGUCAAAAUCUGAUCUUUGAUCAGUUCUGUUCAUCUUGAUAAUUCUAUUGCACCAUCAAGAUUAGCAGUGUGCUUACUGCCUACUAGCACUUGGAUUCUUGGUGCAAAUUCUUUGAUCACCAUGGAGAGGGUGGAGGAAGCCAACCGGGCGGCCGUGGAGAGCUGCAAGAAGCUCGUCUCAGUCCUCUCGCGCCCGGGCGGCGACCCGUUCCGGCCCAUGGCCGUCGCCACGGAGACCGACGAGGCGGUCGCCCGGUUUGGCAAGGUGGUAGCCGUCCUGAGCGACAGGCUCGGCCAUGCCAGAGCAAGGGUUGGCAAGAGUUCACCUCCUGUCGAUGCAAGCUGCCUCUUGGAUCACCCGUCGUUAGCACCGUACCACGCUUCCAACGGCGGCCUCCUUGCCUCUACUCCUGCGACGCUGCCGGCGCCGCCGACGAGCUGCCAAGAAAUGGAGGUGGCGCCGGCGGUGGUGGUGGCGCCUUGUGCCAACGUGACAUUGACGCCGGCCAAGUUUGACAGGAGCAUGUUCCUCGAGACGCCACUGCUGGAUUUGAACUCUUGCAGCGUACUUCCCUCCACGGCCAUGGCGGUGCAGAAGAACUCCGUGAAAGCUGGAUUGGUUCAACACAACGUGGAUUAA